CAAAGCGAAAGUAAAACUGUACAGCUGACUCAAUGGUUAACCAGUCUGUUUUCUAUUUAAGAGUUAAGUAUAUGUUUAACGAUCUCAUACGUGGUGGUUGAGCUACGUGAGACAGGGAUUCAUCAUAAUAUACACUGCAGUCAGUGGCAUCGAAGCCUCAGAGCAGUGUUUUAGGAUGGCCGAGGGCAGGCGGUCACAAGUGAGCUGACACACGGGGGUGACAACGCCUCAGCGGCUAUAGCGAUGGAGAACGAACUCCUGAGCAACUUGCAGGCAUGUCGCCGUUUUCUGGUGCCUAGCGACAUCAUCUCCGAUCUUCUGACCAUGUUUCAAGAAAGCGAGAGACAGUUAAUUCGAGAAAAGGUUUUGCAGACGGAAGAAAGUAAUAGAGUGGAGGCAGUGAACAGACUCAUAGGAGAAGUUCUGGUUCAUGGUGAGGAUGGCUUCAAUUUGCUGCUGAAUGCACUCAGAGGGGACGAGGACGAGCUUCCUGAGUGGUGGAACAGAGCUCUCGAACCGUCUGAAAGCUCCCAGUUGGAAGUUACCAAGGAAGGGCAAUGGACUGUACUCAUGGACGCCUUUGAAGGGCAGGUGAUCCGCAAGCUUUCCGAGGGCGAACUCAAAGCUGUUAUGCUGAAGCUUAAUACCAAAAAGGUGCUCAAACGAACCGACGUGCAACAAGUUCGUCUAAGGCUAAGUCGUGAUGGCAAGGAGAAGGCGACUCAGUUUAUGAUCACGUGUUUAAGACGUAGUGGCGACAACUGGGCCUGGAAGCUUUUUCUUGUCUUGGUGCAAGUGAAACCAGAUCUCGUCCGGAAAAUGGACCCCGCCGGCGGACAUUCUGAAGAGGAUGAAAACGAAAACACGACUGGUGACGAGCCGGACGAGGACGGAGGCCGGGGACCUGGAGACAGUAAUGAUGAUGAUGAUGAUGAUGCAGGAGAUUCUGGCUCAUCCGCGUCCUCUUCUACAGCUGAUCUAAGUGAAGACGACUCCUGCCAUUUUUCGGACGAUGACGAUGAAAAAAAGGAUAGAGAUACAGAGAAAAAUAAACGGAUGAAGCGAAACGGAGAGGGUGAGUCCGGCCACCCCAAGGACCUUUGUCUGAGACAUUAUCAGUUAGAACUGGCUGCUUACGCCCUGCAAGGACACAACACCAUCAUCUGCGCGCCCACCGGCUCCGGCAAGACACGUGUGGCCGUGUACAUUGUGCGCCAGCACCUGCAACGUGUUGUGUCAGAUGGAAGACAGCCAAAGAUUGCUUUCUUGGCCAGGACUGUGCCACUGGUUACCCAGCAACACAAAAACUUUGAAAAGUAUCUUCCUAAUUGUAAGACGAUUUGCAUUACGGGGGAGAGCGACCACAGCAUGCACCUGCACAACCUCCUGCCCAGCUACGACAUCGUGGUGAUGACGCCCAAGGUCCUGGAGAAUCAUCUGAAGCCAGAAAAAAUCGAGUCUCUGGCGGCUUUCAGCCUCCUGAUCUUUGACGAGUGCCACCACACACGGAAAGGUGAACCAUACAACUCCCUCAUGAAGAGUUACCUCAAGUCUAAGAAGGAAGAGCAGAAAAACUUACCACAGAUCAUUGGCCUCACCGCUUCAAUUGGCGUGGAAAAGGCAACGACUGCAUCCGAGGCGGUGGAGAGUAUCCUAAACAUCAUGGGUAAUAUGGACGUCACUUGUAUCUCCACCGUCAAGGAAAACAAGAAGGAGUUGGAGGAUACGGUUCCUAAGCCAGAAGGAAGAGAAGAUGACGAGAUCAGCAACAAAAUUAAGGACAUCAUGGAGGUCCUGCAAAACAUGCUCGUAGAUCGUGGAGCUGAUCUGGAAAAGAAAGAGGUCGAUGAUCUCUUGAUGAAGGCUCCUUACAACAAAGCAAGUCAGCAGUAUGGCCAGUGGGCAGUCGCAAUUCGAAACGAGGUUCGCCUACUGAACAUGUCCACCCGCGACCACAACACCAAAAAGGGCAGGGAGGAAGACAUGAAGAGACAACUCGCAAGAGACGUUCAGGUGCUGGCCGAUGCUCUGGUGGCUUAUAACGAAGCCCUGGAGGUUCAUGACCUCACGAGACCACAGGACGUUCUUCAACAUCUUCAGCAUAAAAUUGAGAAGAAGAUGUCCAAAGACGAGACAACUGAGUGUGAAAAACAAGUAUACGACCUUUACAAAGGAGCACUGGGAGAAACACUGAUCAAGCAUCUCAGCAAUACCGACGAGGAAAGCGAUGAAAUGAGCGACGAAAAGUCUCGCAUCAUCAUCUUUGUGCGUACGCGCGCCACGUGCAAAGCGCUGUGUGAAUGGCUGAACUCUAACCCCGAGCACGUGCUGCGACGGCUCAAAGCCAUGCCCUUCACGGGAACGGCGGCUCACCAGGACAGAGGAGGUAUGACGCAGAGCGACCAGGAGGCGGCCAUCGAGAAGUUCCGCAGCGGUGCCGUUCGAGUGCUCGUCACGACCUCUGUUGGCGAGGAGGGCAUCGACAUCCCAGAGUGUAACCUGGUUAUCAAGUACAACCACGUGGGCAACGAGGUCACCACUAUUCAGACCAGAGGGCGAAGCCGAAAGCGUGGAGGACGGGCCAUCUUGAUGGCACAGCCCAGGAUCCUAAUGCAGGAGGCGCUCAAUCAGAGAAAGGCAGUCAUGAUGUACCAGGCUAUUGAGCGCGUGGAUGCAAUGUCAGCCGAGGACGUUGUUGAAUCCGUUCAGAGGGUGCAGAGGAAGAUUCUAGAGAAGGACGAAAUACAAAGCAUCGUGAAGAAGAGCAUCGCUCAGACGCUGCGGAGGGAGACGUUUUCCCUGCAGUGCUGCCACUGCCAUGAUCUGACCGUAGCCGGGGAGAAUCUUCGUACCAUCAAUGGCUCCCACCACAUUAUCCUUGACAAAGCCAUCAUGAAGCAAGUGAAGAUCCGCCCCAAACAGCCCAAGAAAUUUGACGACAUGGUGUUCAGCGGGCAGGUGUCGUGCAAGAAGUGCAAGAACCACCUGGGCCAGAUCCUGAACUAUGAAGGGAUCGACUUCAUAAUCGUUGGAAUCAGAAGCUGGACAUUGCUGGACAAGGACAAUACAGCUAUGAUAUACAGGCGCUGGCGGGACGUGCCAUAUUAUAUUCCGGAGCUCACCACCCAAGGAAAUUAAAGAGCAUCUGGACUCGGAUGAAGAUAAUGAGCCAGGUCAGGCUCGUGGAGCUACUGGUGGCGACAUCUAGAAGCACAGGUACAUGAUGUUUAGCAGUGAGAAUAUUUCGCUCCCGAGCUUCCAUUUUUAAUAGAUUGUUGUCUCUGGGUGAUAUGAUCCAGCAGGUUCUAGCGAAGGAACAAAUAAUCCACCACACAGUUUACAAUUCAUCUCAUACUUCAAUGUUACUGAUUUCCAGUUAUAUUUCUUUUCUAACUUUUCACCAGUUCCAUUUAUAUUAAUGAGGAACAAACUCAUGACCUGUUUACCAGGACAGUAACCAUAUAUUACUGGCGGGGUUUCAAAGUAUCAAUUUUCUGUGAUUUCCAUAUCGAAAAAUAUACAGGCUGAAUAUGAAGUAGCCAAAAAAGAUUUUGCGUGCCUACGUUUGUAUCCAGAAAAGACAAAAAAAAUGAUGUUUAAGAUAGUUUUUAUUCGUUUUUAUUUUAAUUGAUUGUUUAUUUUUCGGAAGAGAUUACGUAAAUUAUCUUUCAUAUUUGUGGAAAAUCAAUUCCCAACGUUGUUUAGUCUGUCUUUUGUGUGCUUAUAUUUAAUCCACCACCCAAAUAGUUUUAUGUAUGGACUUGUGUAUAUCAUGUAUUGAAUACUACUGUUGGGUUGUUAUUACCAAUUCAUAUUGAUACGAAUUGGCUUAGUGUGAUAUCCCAAAACAUUUAAUAAUAAUGAACAAGGUUUAGCUUUAUUGACUACCAAUUAAAGCUAGAAUAGACCACAAGCUUCUGUGCUAUGGACUAUUUUAUGGCUCCUCCCCAUCCCCCACUACUUUACUGAAAUCUUGUCUGUCCACACUCCUGCCCCAAACCUUUGCUCCUCAUCAGAUUCCCGCAUUCUAUCCUCCCUCCCACAAAGACAAUCACAUACGGACAACGGACAUCCUCCCUCUGUGCUGCUAAGCAGUGAAACUCUCUCCACAUCACAUUCGCCACUCGGACUCCAGUCUACAUUCACACACUCUGAAAACAUCUGUUGACAAAGUACUAUCCCUGAAUUAUUCUGAGUUUCUAAUGCUCCAUCGUCUAUCAUGUGCACCAUUAUAUAACUACGCCAUUUCUACACUGUUUACAGUCCCUAUAUCCCUGUAUACCUUUAUAUCUUGCACUUCAUCUUUAUGUCUUUCAGUGUACCUGUGAGUAUCUUCAUUGUCUGUUACCGAAUACUCAAAUGUUCCUUUUAUCAUUACUGGUCGGCGCAGAGAAUGCGACCUAUCUUGGCCGUGAUGCAAUUAUUAUAUUAUUUAAAGAUAUGGCUCUCGCAUCCUUCGACUUACAGCUGAAUUUGUAUAAGAAUUUGUACAAUGAGCAUUAAUGGUGG